AUGUCAAAGGGUUAUGUAUGGACAGAAGAUUACGAUGAAGCUACUGUAGGGUUUAUAAUAAUAUCUGCUGCACUAGUCUUUUUCAUGGUACCGGGUCUGGGUUUUUUAUAUUCAGGCUUAGCAAGAAGAAAAUCUGCUUUGGCUUUGAUAUGGGUAGUACUUAUGGCCACUCUGGUUGGAAUGUUACAGUGGUAUUUUUGGGGUUAUUCUCUUGCAUUUAGUAAAACUGCCACAAAUAAUAAAUUUAUCGGUGAUUUGAAUUCUUUUGGUUUUAGAAAUGUUUAUGGUAAAGCUAGCCCAGAUGAUACGUAUCCAGAAAUCGCCUUUGCUACCUUCCAAAUGAUGUUCAUGUGUGUAACUUUAAGCAUUGUUUCUGGUGCUACUGCAGAAAGAGGGAAAUUGUUUCCUCAUAUGGUGUUUCUUUUUAUCUUCGCUACUAUAGUGUAUUGUCCGAUCUGUUAUUGGAUUUGGGCUCCAGGCGGUUGGGCUUAUCAAUGGGGGGUCCUUGAUUGGGCCGGUGGAUUCCUUGAAAUAGUCUCUGCUGUAGGUGGUUUUGUGUAUUCUUACUUUUUAGGUAGACGUAAAGAAAAUCUACUUAUUAAUUUCAGACCACACAAUGUGUCCAUGGUCACUUUGGGCACAGGUAUACUUUGGUUUGGUUGGCUUUUAUUUAAUGGUGGGUCUACAUUGACACCAUCCCUUAAAUCAGCCUACGCUUUCUUCAACACAAAUAUUAGUGCCGUAACAGGUGGUAUGACUUGGUGUUUACUAGAUUAUAGAUCUGAAAAAAAAUGGUCUACUGUUGGUCUAUGUUCAGGUAUCAUCUGUGGUCUAGUGGCUGCCACUCCAUCAUCCGGGUGUAUUACUCUUUAUGGUUCGUUGAUUCAGGGGAUUAUUGCAGGUUUUGUUUGUAACUUUGCCACUAAGAUUAAAUAUUAUAUGAAAGUUGAUGAUUCCUUAGAUUUACUGGCUGAACAUGGUGUAGCUGGUGUAGUCGGACUUUUUUUUAAUGCUCUCUUUGGUGCAGAUUGGGUCAUUGGUAUGGAUGGAACUACUUCUCACGGUGGUGGUUGGUUAACACAUAACUGGAAGCAGAUGUAUAAACAAAUUGCAUAUAUUGCUGCCGUGUCGGGUUAUUGUGCCGUGGUGACCGCUUUGAUCUGUUUUGUCUUGGAACAUAUACCAUAUAUUCAACUGCGUGUCGAUGAAGAUGCAGAGGCUCGUGGUUUAGAUGAAGAUCAAAUUGGUGAAUUUGCAUACGACUACGUCGAGGUUAGAAGAGAUUAUUAUGAAUGGGGGGUCGAUACAGAUAAUAUUCAUUCUUCUUCUGCAGAAACACAAACAGAAGAUGAAGAUUGUGAACACACUGACGAUAACUCUAUUAUGGCAGAUACAACUACAUCUGUUUCACAAAAUAAUAAUAUUGAUGAGCGUUUAUCUGAAAAAGUUGAGAUGACCUCUUAA